ACAACUCUACCACCCGAAUUUAUCCGGAUCAAAUUCGAUCAGCCUCUAAAGCAGGCAUAAACAUAGAACUAUUGAAGAGAGAGAAAGCGAGAGUGUGUCAAGUCAGCUCGUCAGGUGGUGGUGUUUCCAAUCGAAUCAGAUUUUAGACUCAAAGAUGAAAUUUUUCUAAUUUUUUGGGAAUUUAUCAAUGUAGUUCGAAUAGUCAUGGCUUGGAGAGGACAAUUAUCCAAGAACCUGAAGGAGCUUCGGGUCCUAUUUUGCCAAACUUCCCCUGCAAGUGCUGAAGCACGAACUUUUGUUGAAAAAAAUUACAAGGAGUUGAAGACAUUGAAUCCUAAAUUGCCGAUCUUGAUCCGUGAGAGCCGUGGUGUUGAGCCCCAGCUUUGGGCUAGAUAUGACUUUGGUGUUGAAAAAGGUGUCCGACUGGAUGGCAUGAAUGAGGGACAGAUAUCAAAGGCGCUCGAGGAUCUUGUGAAAGCUGGGGAAGCUCUUAAAGCUUGAGACCUCUUCUUUAAGCAGUUGCACCCCUGUAAGAUGAGCCGAACUGCCUGUCAGUUUCCUUAUUUGCUUCAGCCAUACUUAAGAUAGUGAAUUACAUUUUGUUCUCUCCUUUUUUUCCCUGUACCAUCGAAAUGAACUAGCAUUUGUCCUCUAUCAUAAGCAGCAGAAGGGCAUUAAGCUACAGUCCUGUUCAACUGUUGCCUCUUUGGUUGUUUCAGAGUUGAAAUUUUGCUUACUGUAAUAAGCAUCCUAUAAAUUCACCUUGAAUCAUUUGGGAUUUGUUCAGUAAAUUUAACCAAAAUUAUAGUCUACUAUCACAAGUUAAGAUCUACUUGAUCGUUAUUUUAA